UUCCGCCGAACACGCAUGACGGCCUCCCGCCUCUCGCGCAUGUCGAUCACGAUCCCGCCGCCGGUGCUCUCGCCGGCGCGCGACUCGGAGCUCUCGACCCGGUACUCGUCCGGCCGCCUCUCGACGCUCUCGGCCUCGGACGACGAGACGACCAAGGCGUGUGCCACGUGCCACGAAAAGUUCACCGUGUUUCGCCACCGCUACGCCUGCCACUACUGCAGCCUCGUGGUCUGCCGCAAGUGCUCGAUCGCGCUGCGGGAUGUGGGCGUCGAUGCCAUCUUGCUGCCGGCGCCGCGCAUCUCGGAAGAUCACGACGACGACGAGGCUCGCCACCACUCGGCGCCGAAUGUGUUGUCGCCGCCCAUGUCGCCGCACUCGGCGAGCGACACGUCGCACGACUCGGCGCUCCUCUCCAUGUCGUCGCGCUACAGCACGUCGUCGAACCCGUCGCCGUCGGGCCGUCGCCGGCUCCGCGAACGCUGCUGCAAGGGCUGCUCGGUGUUUACGUCGACGUCCAAGCCGUCGAAAGAGUGCCAGCUGUGCAACGACCCGCUCACGCUCUUGAAGAAGAAGACCAAGUGCGCCAUCUGCCAGCGUUUUGCCUGCAAAAAAUGCGGCGCCGACGUGGACCCGGCCGCCUAUGACCUCACGCCCGAGGACCUUUCGCCGUCGACCGAGAAGAGCAAGAGUAAGAAGAAGACGGAGCCCGUAGCGUGGGUCUGUACCGACUGCACGACGGGCCACGACGCCGCAAAGGAACGGCGUCUGUCGCACUGCCACGUGUGCAAAGCGAAGUUUCAUCACUUCCAGCGCAAGUGCCAUUGCCACGCGUGCAAGCAGCUCAUGUGUCUCCAGUGCUCGUUUGUCCUCGACGGUCCCAUCGUCCCGGCGCCCGAGGCUACCGGUUCGAUCCUCCACGAUGUCCGAGAAUGCAAGCCGUGCCACGAAAAGGCGCUCGCCAUCAAGCACGCGUCGCUCGCCCGGAGCCUGCCAACCUCAUCGUCGUCGUCGAUCGGCGUCUCGCUGCACUCGGCGUUUGAGUUUACCAAGGCGGCGCGGUCGUCGGCCCUUGGCGGCGCGCUGCAGACGUUUGAGCGCAACUGCGCGAUCGUGUUGAUGCUCAUCGGUGCCAUCACGGUUGUUCUGGCACUCUUUAUCGCGUACUACGUCUGCUUUGCCGCCGUCGUCCCGGAAGAAUGGAUCCUCGCUCACUACGCCCACGAGCCUUGACAAGUCGUCGCAUUUUAUAUAUUGACUAGCAAUAGACGGUGGA